AUGAAGUUAUAAAGAGGGAAGAUUGCUGCUUACGGGAAAAAGAAUUUUAGCAGAAGUUUUAGAUACAAUGACUCAGAUGUCAUUUUGUUCUCCUAUAAUGGCGAUGUUAUGACAUUGAAAUCAGCCAUGUUUAAAAAUGAAAUGCCAGACUUGUUGUCUAUUCGCGGGUUUUCUUAAACUAUUUAACUAAAAUCUUACAGAAGUAAAUCUUAAAGUAACCAAGCUUCAAUUAACUCUCUAAGUGACUAAGAUGGAGACUAAUCUAAAAAUGACUAGAGGCUAAUACAAACUAAUAUGUGGAGUCCAAUUACAUUUGCAAUAUUCAAAAAUUAACUAGAGGUAGUUAAGUUCUUCAUGUCAUCUUUUGAAGAGAAAAAGAGGGUUAACCCAUAUCUUGCCCUAAUUCAAAGCAUUUUUGUAAAAGAAAAGUAAAGCUAUCUAGAUGAAAUAUCUGUUGAUGAAGAAUGCUUGUGUUAUAAAAUCUGUGUUUCAAAUAGAAGUCUAGAGAUGGUGAGCUAUCUAUUAACUUUUUCUCAUGUUUGGAAAGCCAAGCAUAUAGAAUUCUUAGUUAAGGAAAUUAUUAAGACUGAUUGGAAUCUACAGGCUCUAUCUAAAGUAAUUGAGAGCAAAUCUUUUGCAAAUGUUGUGAAAUAAAUUGAUGACCUUCAAUAGUAAAUUGAUUUUUUCGACAAACUUUUUGGUGAAUAUUUUGAAUUUAGUAGAAGUAUUGAAGAAACUAGGAGUACAUUUGAUGACUCGAUAGAUGAGUCAGAGAGAACUUAAUAUAGAGAUACUGAGAAAUAUUAUUAAAAGUGGGUAGUCUCAAUAAUAAAGUGCCUAGUGAGAUCAAAUUUUGCGAUUGUCUUUACAUUCUUAAUGAUCAGAAUAUCUCAUGGACAUCAAAAUUAGACGAAUCUUGAAGUGACAUUGGAAAGUUUAACUGAGAAAUAAGUGAGAGAAUAAUGCUAAGAUUUUACGAUGCAGCAGAUUCUUGAUAUUUUUAGCAGUAAAAUAUUUGAACAAGCCCUUGACCAUGAGUAUGUUAGAACGUUUUACGAUACAAUGUCAUCAAAUAUUCACAUAUAAGAUCAAUCAAGAUUAUAAGACCACUAAAAUCAUGAGAUAUAAUUCUUUAGACAUGUUAAGAAAGCAAAUGUUUAAGAAAUCUCUUAAAACUCAAACAUUUAUCGUCAAUUAAAGUAUCAUUAAAUCUAGGAUAGCUUUGGGGAAGUAGAUUUUAGUGAGAAUGAACAGAAUUUACUUCUUUCAUUAUUUAAAACAAAUGAUGUUUCAAUUCUUAGGCGUUUAAAUCCAAUCAAUAUGGCUAUAUUAUAUAACCAUGUAAAUAUAUUAAGGGUAUUCAUUGACAAAUGGGGAUAUAUUCUCAGAAGACGUGAUAUUAAGUGUCCUGAUUACAAAUUAAUAUCAAAAUCAAAUAAUGGGUUAAUGAUAUUUGAAGCUGCUGUAAAAUUGAAAAAUCAUAGUAUGUUUAAAUAUCUGUGGGACAAUCACGCUUACUUGUUUAGACUUAGCGACUUUUGCUAAGGUACAAAGAUAAUAAUUGAGAGUAAAGACUAAACUCUAAUUGCAUUCUUAUUAAACUCUCAUACAACUCAUGAAUUCUUCAAUAUCUUUUCUUUUUCUUUCAGAUUUACUUAUUUGUCAGAGUAUAUUUUCAACAGUUUGCAAGCAAUGAUUGAAGAUACAGUUGAGAAUAAGCAAGUUAUUGCUCUAGUUCACUAAGAAUUGCAUAAAUAGCCUUUUGCAUUUUAUACAUUUGCUAUUUUCUAUGAACAUGGUCUUAUGCUAUCUUGCUUAAAAUCACUUGACAACACAUCUCAAAGAGACGUCGCAUUAUUUGUCAAGCACAAUCCAAAGAGUGCUGAUAAAUUCAUCACUGAAAUUAUUAAAGAUGAGGUUGCAAUGAAACUACAUGACAACUUCACCUAGUAGUAGAAGUACAUUGAUUAGAGUAAAGCAUCUUAAAAUAUAUAAUAAACCUAAUUAGAAAGCCAAAAAUUAAGAGAGAAGGAGAUUGAAACUCUAGAAAAUAUAAAAUUAUUUAGAGAAUCUCUGGAAAACUUUGCCAGAUCUAUUUAAAUGGAGCUGAAGAUUCUGGAUAUGAAUAACUCUAAGACUAAAAGCUAGACCUCUAGCAACAGCUGA